GGAGGAGCGCUGCUGUGUGAGCGCGGCAGGCGGCAGUAGGUAGUACAUGCUGGAUUAUUAUGAUGGCUCAGUAUAAAUAUGGGAGACGCGCGUCUAGGUUCAUCUGAGAUCUUUGGAGCUGGAAGGAAUCCAGAGUGGAUAUUUUGUGAAUAAUAUAUUCCUGAGGUGGGAGUCAACUACUGCAAAACUGUUUGUCGCUCCCGGGAUUAAGCAGAAAUUAAAAAUGGUCAUCAAGGUUUACAUAGCUUCUUCGAGUGGUUCUGUGGCGGUGAAGAAGCAUCAACAGGAGGUGGUGGGCUUCCUGGAGGCCAAUCGAAUCAGCUUCCAGGAAGUAGACAUCACCAUGCUGGAGGAACAGAGGCUCUGGAUGUACCGUAACAUUCCUCAGGACAGGCAGCCAGAGAAGGGCAACCCACUGCCACCACAGAUCUUCAAUGAAGAUCACUACUGUGGGGACUAUGAGGACUUCUUCCAGUCAAAGGAGAACAACACUGUGUUUGCAUUCCUGGGCCUCAGUUCCCAAACCUCAGUAAAAGAUUCUGAGUCAUAGAUCAAACUAUUGGCAUGCCACCUCCAGGGAUCCCUGAAAUGACAAGGACAAGGACUGCAUCGCUUUCUGUCUUGCAUCUCCUCCUCUCCUCUGGUGAUCCUGCCGAGAUGCUGCCAUGUUGCCAAACAUCAGACCAUGCCGAUUUUCCCCCAUGUGCAACUUCAAAACACAUUCCACUGCUCUGCACUAAAAGCCUCCAAGAGGGAUCUAACUUUCAAGAGGCCACAGAAACCAAGUCACAGCAAAAGGGGUUAACAUAACAACAACGGACUGUGGCAAAGGCAUUUGUGCUCUCUUUUCCUGUUUUAUACUGUAUGACUGCAAGCACUGUUUCACAAUGCAGUAGCAUGCAUUCUGUGUAUCUAAGUAGAGGAUUAUGUAGCAGCUUUUUGAACAGUAGAGCAAUCAGUUUGGACUGCAGUGGACUAGGAAGAACUGUGCUGGUGCAACGUGUAGCACAUGCUGCAUAAAGACACACCUGUGUACGUGUGUGUGUUGUGUUGUGUGUGUGCAGGUGGGUGGGUGUCUCAAUCAACAGCUGUUAAUGAAGGCUGUGAGGAGACAUAAGAGGCAGUGCUUAAUGUAACCUGAGACAACCUGGGGCCUUGCCAUCAUGUCUGUAUUGUGUGUGUGUGGGUAUGAGGAUGCUGUCUCUUUAAUGUUAGUUUGCACUGAAACAAAAUGACACUGCUCUGACACAGCUGCUCACCACAAGGCACAUGUGUGGACAUGCCAAGAACCCCAGAGCUAUUAGGAGAUACAAAUUGUGAAUUGCUCCCAAUUUCUUUCUUUAUUAUUUUUUUUAUUAUUAUUAUUAUUUUACAGUGCAAUGACCCUAAUGACAUGAAAAUCAUGGAGCUGGGAAAGGGGAAUGAAUUUACGAGAAAAAAAAUCACAAAUUUGUGAGA